AUGUCCUGCCACCUGCACCAGCACCUCCCUCCGCUCUACCAGGACCCCGUGGCGCUGUCCCCCGGCGUCCCCUUCCCGGCUCAGCGGUGGCACUCCACCACCUGCAUCCCCCAGGCCGUGCCCGGCCAGGUGCCCCUGCAGCGGGCGAUGUCCUCCAGUGUGUGUCACCAGCAGAGCGUCACCCAGGCCGUGCCACCCUGCCAGCUCCACGGACCCCUCUGCGUGCCCCAGCAGAUUGUCCCCAGGCGGGCGACGACGUGCGCGCCACCGCAGCAGCGCGUCACCCAGUGUGUGCCACACCGGGUGGGGGUGACCCAGUGCGUGCCACAGCAGCUGCAGGUGCCACAGCAGUGCCCGCCCGUCCUGCAGCAGCAGAAGGUUGUCCCCAGGUGUGUCACCACCUGCGUGCCGCAGCAGCGCGUGACGGGCGGCGCGGGGGUCACCCAGUGCGUGCCGCAGCAGCUGCAGGUGCCACCGCCUGAGUGCGGCCCCCAGCAGCAGAAGAUUGUCCCCAGGUGUGUCACCACCUGCGUGCCGCGGCCGCCGUUCGUCACCAAGGGUGUCCCGCGGCAGCAGAGUGCCACCAGGUGCGUCCCCCAGCAGUGUGUGACCCGUGUCUGUCCCCAGCAGGGUGUCCCCAGGUGUGCCACCACCUGUGUCCCCCAGCAGCGCGCGGCCCGGGGCAUCUCGUACCGGUGGGUGACAGCGCCUGUCCCCCAGCAGCGGCAGAGUGUCACCGCCGGUGUCCCCCAGCAGUGGCACAGCAGGUGUGUCACCACGUGUGUCCCGCAGCAGUGUGACACCGGCGGGGCCAGCAUUUGUGUCCCCCAGCAGCAGCAGAGUGGGACGGUUUGUGUCCCUCAGCAAAGUGCCACCAAAGGUGUCCCCCAGCAGUGUGGGACAAUCUGUGUCCCUCAGCAGUGUGGGACAAUCUGUGUCCCUCAGCAGUGUGUGACCAAGAGUGUCACUCAACAGAGUGCCACCAAGUGUGUCCCCCAGCAGUGUGGCGCAAUCUGUGUCCCUCAGCAAAGUGCCACCAAGUGUGUCCCCCAGCAGUGUGUGACCAAAUGUGUCCCCCAGCAAGGUAUGACCAAGUGCGUCCCCCAGCAAAGUGCCACUAAAGGUGUCACCCAGAAGUACGGAACAAUUUGUGUCCCCCAGCAGUGUGCCACCAAGUGUGUCCCCCAGCAAAGUGUCAAGUGUGUCCCUCAGCAGUGUGGCACAAUCUGUGUUCCCCAGCAAAGUGCCACCAAGUGUGUCCCCCAGCAGUGUGUGACCAAGAGUGUCACUCAACAGAGUGCCACCAAGUGUGUCCCCCAGCAGAGCGUGACCAAGUGCGUCCCCCAGCAAAGUGCCACCAAAGGUGUCACCCAGAAGUACGGAACAAUCUGUGUCCCCCAGCAAAGUGCCACCAAGUGCGUCCCCCAGCAAUAUGGGACAAUCUGUGCCCCCCGGCAGUGUGUCACCAAGUGUGUCCCCCAGCAAAGUGCCACCAAAUGUGUCCCCCAGCAAAGUGUCAAGUGUGUUCCCCAGCAGUGUGGCACAAUCUGUGUCCCCCAGCAAAGUGUCACCAAGUGUGUCCCCCAGCAGUCCGGUGGAGUGAAGGUCUCCAGCCACUCCAAGAAGUACUGCUCGGCCCCCAAGUGGCCCUGGUGACCACCAGGGCGUGGGACGGGGACAAUCCCUGGGAAUUCGGUGUUUGGGUUCUUUAUCUCCUCCCGCUCCCAUCCGCGCUAUGCCGGCUGUCUGGCGUUUCCCUCCCGUUCCGUGGGGACAUUCCCGGUGCCUCUGGCUCCUUCCUCGGUGGUGGGAUGGGACCGAAUUCCCACAGAAUUCCAAGAAAUGGUGAUUUCAAAGCAAUAAUAUUAAUAUUAAUAAAAGAAGGAAUGGAAAGAUCCGAGGAGUCCAGAUCUCCACAGCUUCAAGGGGACUGGUCCAGAUCGCAUCUCCAGGUUUAUUCCUGGAAUUGGGAUGGAAUGUUCCGGUUGAGUUGGAUUCCACAAGGCUCGGAGCUUUCAAGCACAUCCAGGUUUGGAUGUUUGGGAAAGCGAACGUGAAUUUCUGAUGGAAUUGGGUAAAACUCACUCGGAAUGUCAGGAUUGGAGGGGUCUGGAGGGACCAGAGCAGGUCCAAAUUCCCUGUUCCAGCAGGGAGUAAAUAAAUUAAUUAAUGGUUCUGGAAUAUUCCCAGGGAGGGAGACUCCAGGCUUUUUCCAGAGCACAGCCAAGGAAUUCCUAAAAUUCAGGUGGAAAAGGACCCUCCUGGUCCAGGAGAGCCGUUUUCCCUCUGGAAUGUGGCCAGAAUUCCCAUUUUUUUAAACCCCUGACUCCCGCAGAGUCCCCAAACAGCAAUUCCCCAAAAAUGUCCCUCCUGAACCUUUUAUUUUUAUUCUUUGAUUAAAAUAAAAACUGCAAAUUGAAAUGAAAACUCUUCAAAAUAACAAAAGUUAUAGCAGGGUUAUUCUAGAAACGUUUAAUUUAAAAAAGUAAUUAAUUAAAUUCUUUUUGCUGAAGAUGUGCACUGAAAAAAAACUUUAUUUACAGAAGUAUAUUAAUAUUUUACAUAUAUAUGUGUAAACUUAAAUAAACGUUCUUGCCUGAC